AUGGUUGUGCAUACAUGCACUCGAGAAAGCGGUAGCGAUUAUCCUUCGUCGGAGUAUGAGCAAGGUAGCGGUUAUUCUUCGGUUGAGGAUUGGCAAGAUACAACAAAUAUAACGGGAACCAUAAUCCCCCUCUAUUUCAUCCCAUAUGAUGCUGUGGUCUUCCUCAAAGGCCUGCUGGUCACACGUGUCAUGCCCUCUUUCCAGAUCCUCCUCUUCCUCAUUAGUUUGCCACUAAAUGCAUUGGCUCUGGUGACGUUCACCUGUAAGAUUAAAGAAAAGAAACCGGCUGUGAUCUACAUGUCAAACCUGGCGUGUGUGGAUCUGCUCUUUACCCUCCUGCUUCCUCUGAAUAUCCACUAUCAUCUGAAUGGAUCUGAUUGGGUGUUUGGUGAGGUGACGUGUCGUGUGCUAAACACUGCUUUCUGCAGCUACAUGUACUGCUCCAUACUGCUGAUGAUGUGCAUGAGUGUGGACAGACUGCUGGCUGUGGUUUUCCCCAUCGCCUCUCUGACCUGGAGGACAACGAGGAAUUCUGCUUACGUUUGUGCGCUGGUCUGGUUGCUGGCACUCGCUGGUACAGUGCCACUUCUCCUAAUAACACAAACAUUAAACAUCAAGUAUUUGGGCAUCACCUGCUACGAUGCAUUUCGUCACGACGCCUCAGCAGAUCAGAUGUACAUGAACCUGUUCUCCGUUCUGUCCUGUCUUUACUUCUUUCUGCCGCUGGUCAUCACUUUGGUGUGUUACUCUACUAUUAUAUAUGCACUUAGUGUCAAAUCUGGUCGCUUAGCAACAUCAUCAUCAACCUCAAAUAAACGAAGAAGAGCCGUGAUUAUGACUAUUGCCACAGUGAUAGAGUUUGUUUUCUGUUUUGCACCAGCUAAUAUAAUCCUGUCAUACCACUGUGUUGUUUUUGUCAAAGGAAAGGCCAUCGGGGAGGGAAGCGCAGCAUAUAAGGCUUACAUGUUAGCUGUGUGUGCAAGGAACUCAAGUGUUUUUCUGGAUCCUCUGCUGUACCACUUUGGAUCGUCUCAGUGCUGACAACAGAUCAGAUCUGUGUUUAGGUGGAAGAAAACAAAAAGAGCUACAAUGAUAUCAAACACUCCUGAGCUGUGCAUACAAACAUAAUUGUGUUAAUGUGUGAAGUGCUGAUUAAACACAUAUAGUUUGCAUUAUAUUCACAACUGGAAGUUUGACUUCUUUUAAUAUAUGCCAUGUAAUCCUCAUUGUAAUGAAUGCUUUCUGGCUUCACAUUAACAUAAGUAUGUAAGAGUUAUAGAAGUUAAAAACACAGCAAUUGUAUUAUGUUGUGUGUGUAACCUGUAAAACAAGGUCUAUAAAUAUUAUGCUCAAUGUCAGAAACAUUCAAAUUGUUUUUUUUUUUUUAAGUUUUAUUCUUUAAAAUCAAAUACAUGACAUAUAUCACAAAAUGUAAUUGUUGUUGGUCUACUUUAAGAAACAUUAAAAAA